CCUCCCCCUCCCCCCGCCCGACGCGGCCUCUUCCCCUCCCCUCACCCCUCCGGCGGUGUUGCUUCCCCUCCACUCUCCCUCCGGUGCCCCUCCGGCGGCGCCGCUUCCCCUUUCCUCUCCCCCCGUCUCACCUACAUGGUGCGGUGACGACUGUCCCUCGCCCUCUCCCUCACCCCGUCGGCCUCGACGGCCGUCCCUCCCUGUCGGCCUCUUUGUUUCUAUCGGCGACGGCACCCUCUCCACCCUCAAGAUCCAGCGGCGUUGACGGCAACGACGCCGGCGGCUUCCUGCGGCGGAUCCAACGGCGACGUAGACAUCGCCGAUCCGGCUUCACCGACGGCGCCGGCAGCUUCCCGUGGAUGGAUUCGAUUUUAUUUUUUACCGCGUCACAUGUAAUCAGAUUCGAUUUUAUUUCUCCCGAUUUUUUUCACCUUUUUUUCACGGACGGAUGACGGAAACCUUUCUAAUUUUCUAAGUAGGAGAGAUAGAGAUAGAGAUAAAUUUUAUUAUCAACCCUGUCUAAAGGAACACGACGAUGCAAAACAAGAGUAUGAAAAGUUUACGCGCAGAAUGUUCUAGACUCUUCCACUGAGGAAUCUGAAAAUUCUGAAAAUCCCAGAUACCCAGUAUCCCACAUUCCCCAUCGCUCUCGAAGCACGUCAGCGAUGGCGCCGCCGACGAGACAGCCGCGAUCUGGUGGACGGAGGAAGCGACGGAUGGCGGCCGCCGGCGAUGGCGGUGGCGGCGUCGCGGCCCUGAUGCCGGAGGACAUGGUGCGCGAGGUGUUGCUGCGCCUCCCGGCCAAGGCGGCCGCCCGCUUCCGCGCCGUGUGCCGGCCGUGGCGCGCCACGCUCUCGGACCCGCGCUUCGUCGCCGCGCACGCCGCGCGCCGGGGCGCCCUGCUCGUCGCCACCGGCGCCCCGUGCCGUACCAGCCGCGGGUCGGGCGGCCACGUCGACCUCGUGGGCCUCGCCGGCGACGUCGUGCGGCGGACGCGCGCGGAGGAGGGCGUCCUGGAGCUGUCCACGUGCGGCGAUCUGGCCUGCGUCGUCGGGACGGACAGGAGGGCGCGCGUCCUCCACCCGGUCACCGGCGCCGGCGCCGACGACCCGCUGCCGCACGACCUCGCCGAGGAGAACAAGCCAUGGGCGGGGUGGCGGCUCGAGGAGAGGUUCCACGCGUUCACCCACGCGUUCGGCCGCGCCUCCUCGACUGGCGAGUACAAGGUGCUCCGCGUGGCGAGCCUCUCCCCCGACCUGCGCGUCGAGCAGCUCGUCGAGGUCCUCGCCCUCGACCGCGCCGGCCGCGCCCACGCCGGUGCGAGGUGGAGAGGCAUGCCGAGGCCGCCGUUCCACCUCGCCGGCGCCAGCAACGCCGGCAUGGCCGUCGUCGCCGGCGUCGUGCACUUCUUGGCAGUUGACAUACCCCUCCCCUUCCUCCCCUUCGAGCACGACGACGACGACAUCCACCACGGCGCCAUUGCUCGCUUCGACCUCGACACCGAGCAAUGGAGGCCGCUUCUCCGUGGACCACUCAACAUCCAUCAGAUCCAACAAGACAACGAUCUGUCGCCGCCAUUGCUGACCUUGACCGAGCUGAAAGGCUUCUUGGUUACAGUUCAUCGCGAUCGAUCUCAUCAAUCAUCAUCAAUGGAUCUUUGGUUUCUGAUCGACUCUGAAGAAGAAACCUGGGUCAAAGAAUACAAAAUUCAGAUCCACCUUCGCCCUCGAGAAUUCUACGCGCAUCCAUUGUUGGUGUUGGAUGAGAGGAUGAUCGUGUUCUGCGUGCGACCCAAGGGGAGGGUGAUGGUGUAUGAUCUGGAGAUAGGGAAAUGCAAGGAUUUGGGUGAUGGUGAUUGUGUUGAGGUUGGUGUGUACAAGGGAUGUUUGUUGAGUUCAGGUAGUGUUGUUGUUGACAAUGACAAGUAGCACCAUCUCAUCAGAAGAUAAAUAAUAUCACUUUUAAUCUUGUAAUCCUUGCUUUUGCUAUCAUUUUUUUUACUUAUAUUUGCUUCCAAUUUGUUUUGUGAACUUAUCUGUUGGAGUACAAGUGAGAACUGUAAGUCUUUCCUCA